UCUUCGGGGAGGUCGUUAUUUUCGAAUGUGUCUGCCUAGGCUGUCUAUCUGAUAAUUAGAGGCUUUACUUCCUUGAUCUGUGACUUCACCGCUAGGUGUUACGGACCUUACUUCAGAUGCUAGUGAACUAAGAGAUUUCUGACUUUGUCUACCAUGGCUACGACCUUUAACGACUGCGAGAAGCAAGACAAAUUCGACACUUGCGACGACCAAAGCUCUCAAUCGAGUCAGAAGGGCCUUCUCUCUCAUGACAACGUUAAAUUUGCUAGGUCGACCGGUGCGUUCUCUGGCCGAUGCGUCGUCGUCUUGAUCAGUCUGUUGGUUGUUUUUCUUCUAGUUUUGUGUGCUUUGGUGAUUUAUCUGGUUUUUCAGCUCCGCUGUUUACGUGAUACACGAGAGGAGUUGCAUUGGCAGAAAAGCUGUAUACCAUGCGACGCCAUUGUCUCCACGUUCAAAGAGGACAGCUCGGCGUUGGGGUAUUUUCAAAGAAAGGAGAAAGAUGGGGUUGAGUAUUGUUGUGGAAGCUCUGCUGGUGAAUUGACACAGGCAUUGAAAUCGGUUGUUGGCAGAAAUAUUGAGGAGAAAAAAUCAGAAGGUGAAUUCUGCAGACCAGAGCAUCUGUUGAAGAACAGCACUAACAUCCCUGAUCAGAAACCGGCGGCUCACUGUGUGCAGAACCCACACGCUCCCAGAACACCUAACCCAGGUGGCAUUAAGCAAGCAGUGCGCAGUUGGCUGGAAGAAGGCCGUGGUGCGUUCACAAGAAACGGCGUGACGUACAAAGGUGGUCACCUGACCGUCCCACACACGGGGUUUUAUUACGUGUACAGUCAGGUUUAUUUCUCACACGAAGACAAAAACGGCACGAAUCCCCGCAAAAAUUACGACUAUACCCAAGAAUUGUCUCAUUACAUUAAUAGAGUUAAUAGCGUACUUGGAAAUUCCCGCGAGACUUUGUUGAUGAACUUGCAUUCUAAAUGCACAAACAGAGAUGAUAUGCAUUUCUGGGAGCACACGAGCUACUUGGGGGCGGUGCGUCAUUUGCGACAGCAUGAUGAAGUAUUUGUUGAGGUGUCGAAUUUGACUCUUGUGGAACAAUCACCCAGGAUCAGUUACUUUGGUUUGUACAUGGUUUAAUCGUUUUCAAAUGUUGGUCAUUUCUUUAUAUUGUGCCAUUAUUGCAAUACUUUUGUAUGAAACCCGAUAUCAUAGUGACUAUAUCUUUUUGACGGUUGACCAACAUUAUGGACAUUUUUAACUAUGUUUGAUACUCGUGCUCCUGUCUUUCACAAGAAUCAAAUGUUUUCACCUAGUUUGGAAACUACUUCACGGUGACAGCUCUAUCGUGUUAGAGUUUAUACAUUUCUUCAAAAUGUGCAUAGAUAAAAUAUUGCACGUAUUGUAUAAUGAAAACGUUUUUCUGUGUAUAUUAGACUCCGUUCACAUGAAAAAUCUAUUUUCUAUUCGCGGUAUCUUGUGAUCACUUCGAGCGCAGCUGAGAAUUAAUUACAGCUUUGGAGGUAACUGGAUCGCGCUGCCAAUAAUUACACCGUGGGGUAUUCAGGGCACAGACUGUGAUCACAAGAUACCGCGAAUAGAAAAUAGAUUUUUCAUGUGAACGAAGCCUUAAUGCCUUAAAAUGAUAUUUUAUAGAAAUGUGUAAUCUCUAACAUGUGGCACAGGCAACAUAAGUCCGACCCUUGUUUCGUAAAGAGGCCACACAAAUGUAUUUACUUUGGUGUAUAAGAGGGCUUAUAUUAAUUGAUGCACUUUAUUACAUAAAAUGUAAUUAAUGGUUGUGUCAAAAGUUUUUUUAGGGUGAUGUGUAUUUGUUAUAUACUAUACUUAAUUUUGUUUACAUCAGUUAGCAUGCAGUGUAAAUUAUAAUGCUGUUUUAACACUAGAUCUCCUUUCAAAGCUAAGAGACGGAAGAGAGAGAGAGAGAGAGAGAGAGAGAGAAAAUAACAUGGAUAUACAGAUUUGCUUUUUGACAAAUAUAAUAUAUUUUUGUAAUUUUG